AUGGAGCCCGGCGGGUCCCGCCGCCUCAGCACGGAGGAGCGGCCGGCGGGUGGCGGCCCCCAGGCCCCGCGGUGCCCCCGCGGGCAGAAGGAUUUCUUCCCUGACGGCUCGGCCCGCCAGGCCGAGAGGCUGCGGCGGUGCUGCGAGGAGCAGUGGUGGGCGCUGUCCGAGGAGCGCCUGGAGCGGCCGGGCAAUCGGGUGAAAGCUGAGUGGAAGCCAGGACAGGGCAUCGUGGAGCUGCUGUCCCCUGCGGGGAAGUUCUGGCACACCAUGGGGUUCUCGGAGCGAGGCAAACAGUGCUUGCAGCCUGAGGAAGCUCUGUACCUGCUGGAGUGUGGCUCUGUCCAGCUCUUUUACAGGGAUCUGCCCAUGUCAAUCCAGGAAGCCUACGAGACCCUGCUGUGCCAGGAGACAAUGAGCCUGUUACAUUACCAGGUGUUCAGCCACUUGAAGCAACUGGGUUAUAUUGUACUGAGAUUCGACCCCAGCACUGUCCCAUCUCCCUACGAGAGGCAACUGAACUUGGAAAGUCACUGCAAGAGCUCUGGGAAACACCAUCGCAAAAGGAGGAGGAGUUCCAGCCCCCGGUCACAUGACAAGAAACAUAAGGUAUCUGAGGACCUUCCAGGAGCUGAAGGGACCUCCAGCAAAGAUGGAGAUGACCGUGGAGACUCCGUCUGCCUUCCCAUGGAUGAAAAGCCCUUGUCAGUGCAGCCAAAGGAGUCAGAUGCUGGCAGUGCAGAGUGGGAGUCAAACCCAGUUCCUCUUGAUACAGGACAAAAGGAGUCUGUGAGUCCCUCCAGGAGCCAGGCUGAAGACUGCAAGGAGAGCAGCACUGGCACCCGUGCACCCCGCUGGGAUUUUACCACCAUCACCUUUCCAAACAUGGCCCCAGACCAGCCCUGCACGCACCUGCCCUCCCCUGACAACAGGCUCCUGCCCGAGAACGUGCCAGGGAGGGAGGUUGAUGCAGUUUCCUGGUGCACACGCAUCAACCAGAAACAGGAGAAGCUGACGCGGAAGGAGAGGAGGCAGCGGGAGAGGGAGAGCAGGUACAAGAGCAGCGUCAAUGCCGACCUGGAGGUGAGGCGCUGCUCCAACUGGCAGGAGUACAAAGCCCUUUUGGAGCAGAGGAGACAGCAGAGGGUUUGGAAACGACCGUCACACCUCUGGGACCAAGCUGUCACACCACUUCUGCGUCCAGAUGAAGCUACCUCGUCAGCUGCGCUCCUCCAGCAGAUCAGUGUGCUGCAGCCCUCCCACAUCCUGGAUGGAGCCUCCCGGCUGCAGGAGGACCCAGAGGCCAUGAAGAUAGACUUCAAUGUCUAUCAAGCAGACGCUGUGUCCAGGUUCAAGAAGACAAACCCUGGGAAGCCUUAUGUCAGGAUGUGUGUUCGGAGCUUUGAUGAGCAGAUCCCGUCCCUGCGGGCUCUGAAGCAGGUUACGUACCUGAGCGGGGACGUCCCGCUGGUCUUUGCGCUGGUGGAUCACGGAGAAAUCACCUUCUAUUCACUGAAGGAAUUCAAGUUGCCUAUUGAUGUUAGUCACUGAAGCUGCUGUCACUUGUAGAAAUGGUAUGGGAUGAAGGGAAGAGCUCUACUCAGGAUUUGUUGUCCUGAUGGAUCAAAUAUUACAGAAAAUAGAACCUGGAACCUUGGGUAGUUGACCACAUUAUGGCUGUUACAGACUUCACCCACCCAGAUGGCUCAGGCAUAAUAGCAUGAUUUACAGCAAGCAAGUGUGUAUGGCUUAGCUGGGCAUUUCUGGACUGGAGAAAACACUGCUUUGUUCUUGAAGCCACUGGUUCUCCAGCUUUCUCACCUUGUGGAUCACCAGUCUCCCUUUUUGUAUCAUCUUUCGCUGAGCUGCGGACCGUUAGAAAACACCUUGCUGGUGAUCCUUGUCACAUGUUAAGAAGCACUGGGCUACACUACUUGAAUGGUUGGAGUGUCACUGAGGUCAGCUGGGGACAGAAUAAGCUGAUCAGUGGUGGUGUCCUGAGCCUCUGUCAUUCAGCUGUGCCAACGGCCGUCAGAUCAGAUUCUGAUCU